CGAUGAAGCCCCUACGAUAUAUAUACCGAUGCUUAAAUUUGUCCAUCAAUAGAAACAACAAAUUGAUUAAUAAACUCUUCAUGAAAUAAAUGAAUUGGAGAUAGAUAUUUGUACUCAGUGUGCCUAGGUGUGUCAACAGAAAAUACGAACAAAAUAAAUGAUUAUCAAAAUGAUUGAGUGAACUCACCCACUCUUUAGGAUUCACUUCACCCUUUUUUACCUUUAUGUGUAGAAUUUGAAUUAUUGCCCACAAAGUGUUUGUAAAAUUGACUGGGAGAGAAAUAGGCAAAAGGGCUUUUGAGAAUAAGGAAAAUAAGAGAGUUACGUGGAAGAUAGAUUGGAGUAUUGUAUAAUGGUAAUUAUAGGAAUGACAAAUAGUAGCAUUAACUUGGUGUUUCAUCAUGGGUUAACAUUGCCUCAUGAACAUGUAACUUCAUUAGUGAGACCUUGUGCAAGAUUUAAUUUGAAUUAUGCAACAACUUGGGGUGUUACCAGUUCUAGUAAAGCUCAAAGAUUGAAAGAGUAUAAGCAGCUUGUAAGAAACAGUUCCAUCAGUUGUGAGAUUGUUAUUGCUAGUGAUGAAAAAUAUGGGAAUAAGCAGGUUGUUAGUCUUACACCCCGGUUGUAUGAUUAUGUCCUUGAAAAUGUUCGGGAACCCGAGAUUCUAAGGCAGUUGCGAGCGGAGACUGCAUCUAUGCAUGGAAGCCAAAUGCAGGUGUCUCCUGAUCAAGCACAACUACUGGCAAUGCUUGUGCAGAUUCUUGGAGCAGAACGGUGUAUUGAAGUCGGCGUUUACACUGGCUACUCCUCACUAGCCAUAGCAUUAGUCCUUCCAGAAUCAGGUCGUUUAGUUGCCUGUGAAAGAGAUGCCAAAUCUCUUGAUGUUGCUAAGAAGUAUUAUCAGCUUGCUGGUGUUGCACAUAAGGUGGAUGUAAAACUUGGACUUGCAGCAGAUUCCCUAGAAUCUCUAAUUAUGAAUGGUGAAGCUGGAAGCUAUGAUUUUGCAUUUAUUGAUGCUGAGAAAAGGAUGACUGAGAAAUAUUUUGAGAUGCUACUACAACUGGUGAGGAUUGGAGGUCUUAUUGUAAUUGAUAAUGUCCUUUGGCAUGGAAAAGUUGCUGAUCCGUUGGUAAGUGACCCUAAAACUAUCAGCAUUAGAAAUUUUAAUCAACGGUUAAUGGAAGAUAAGCGUGUAAGCAUCAGUAUGGUACCUAUUGGAGAUGGGAUGACAAUCUGUCGGAAAAGAUAACAUAUUUUUGAAGAGUUCUAUCUCAUUGCAAUUGAACCGUUCAGGGUAAUUAUACUAAUGCGAGAUUGAAGAAAACAAAGUUAUAUAGGUCAUCACAUGUUCUUAGAACUUGAGAUUUACGGAAGGACCGGAGAACUGCAUAAUGAAGAAUGGUAGUUUAGUUCCACAAAUGUUGAAGCUCUAGAAAACAUUAUAGUAGUGACCUAUUCACCUACAUGCUACAGCUCUAUGGGGCAGAUAUAUUGUGAGAAUCAAAGGGAAGACAGAAACAAGACAAGUUAGAAUCUUUGAGAGUAGUAUAAUGAGAAUGUUUUCAUUGGAUGGAUAACAUAACAGGUGCAGGAAGACUUCAAAUAUGACUAUUAGUUUGAUAAAUUAAGAUUCUACUAGGAAACAGAUUCAGAUGUGUAGAUGGAUUAUUAAUGAAAAGUUUGAUAAAUUAAGAUUCUUAAUUUUUAUACUUUCAA